GCGAGACAUUUAUAGAUCACGUGUGAAACUUGAUCUCCCUGCAGUGGUCUCAGAGGAGAGAAAAAAGAUAGAAGUAUUGUUUUUAAACAGAUUUUUUCCUUUGUUUUUCUUUUUUUCCCCCCCUCUCCCCCUAUGAGGGCUGCAGCUGCCUGGCGAUAAAAGGCCGUGGCGGCCGGAGCUGGCUCAGAGAGAGGAAAUGCCGAAAUCGCAGCAUUUCGACUUGGCGGCGAGCACCCACUGACCCACCCCAGCGAACAGCGGCAUCGCAGCCGCCGGGGAAGCGCGAGUGCACCCCCGGCUGUGGCACCGCACUCUCGCACCCGCCCCGGUGCUGCAGCGACCCUCGUGCCAUGCAGGCACUCAGCCUCAGCCUCGUGGCCCUGACCUGUGCCACGAUGGCACUGUGCGCGGCCAGAGCCCAGCGACGGGCACUGGAUGGGGGCGGCCGCCGGCGUUACCACCAGGUGCAGCAUGGCCACUGCAGCUACACCUUUGUGCUGCCCGAAGCCGACCCGCUGCCCUGCCCACCUUCGCCUGCCGCCCCCGGCCCUGCCAACGCGCUGCUGCAGCGGGACUCGCCGGCUGGCACUGCGCACGCCGGCCACGGGGCCGCACAGCGCCUGCGGCACCUCGAGAGGAUCCUGGAGAACAGCACGCAGUGGCUGCUGAAGCUGGAGAGCUACAUCCAGAGCAGCACGAAGCCGGAGAUGGCGCAACUGCGGCAGACGGCGGUGCAGAACCAGACGGCCACCAUGCUGGAGAUUGGCAGCACCCUCCUCAACCAGAGUGCCGAGCAGAGCCGCAAGCUCAGCGACGUGGAGACCCAGGUUCUGAACCAGACAUCGCGCAUUGAGACGCAGCUGCAGGAGAACUCCCUGUCCACCACCAAGCUGGAGAAGCAGCUGCUGCUGCAGACGAACGAGAUCCACAAGCUGCAGAACAGGAACAACAUCCUGGAGGUGCGGGUGCUGGAGAUGGAGACAAAGCACCAGGAGGAGCUGGCAGGGGCCCGCUUGGAGAAGGAGAAGCUGCAGCGCCUGGUGAGCCAGCAGAGCGGCACCAUAAAGGAGCUGGAGAAGGUGCUGGUGGCUGCCAGUGCCAACACCAGCCUACUCCAGCGCCAACAGCUCCAGAUCCUCGAGUCAGUGCAGAGCCUGGUGCGCCUCGUCUCCCAGGGCAGAGCCCCACUGCCUGGGCAGGAACAGCAAUUCCAGGACUGCACCGAGGUGCGCCGGGCAGGCAUCCGUGCCAGCGGGGUCUACACCCUCCACAUCGCCAACCUCAGUGAGCCAAAAAAGGCAUUCUGUGACAUGGAGACAGACCACGGCGGCUGGACUGUCAUCCAGCUCCGUGCCAACGGCAGCCUCAGCUUCCAGAGGACCUGGAAGGAGUACAAGCAGGGCUUCGGGGACGCGGCGGGCGAGUACUGGCUGGGUAACGAGGCCGUGCACCUCCUGACGAACCAGGCACCCUACGCCCUGCGCAUCGAGCUAUGGGACUGGGAGGGAGGCCAGGUCUAUGCCCACUACAGGAAAUUCCAGCUGGGGAGUGAGAAGCAGCUUUACAGGCUCUCGCUACAGGACUACAGCGGCACGGCUGGGCAGCAGAGCGGCUUGGCGCUACAGGGCACCCGUUUCAGCACCCGAGACGCCGACAAUGACAACUGCCUCUGCAAGUGCGCCCAGAUGCUGUCGGGAGGCUGGUGGUUUGACGCCUGCGGCCUCUCCAACCUAAACGGCAUCUACUACUCGGCCCGGCAUAACAUCCGCAAGCUCAACGGCAUCCGCUGGCAUCACUUCCAGGGCCCCAGCUACUCCCUGAAGGGCACUCGCAUGCUGAUCCGACCCACCAGCUUCUAGCACAGCAGCAGCCGGGAUGGCAUCACAGCCAGUACCAGCCUGGCACGGAGGUGGGAGAAAGGAUGACUGAGCCCUCCCGGCUGCUGAAGGGAAGCUUUUCCCACAGUUAUUAUUUUUCACUCUUUUUUUUUUAUCCCAUCCUCCAAGAUCCUGCAUGUCAUGGAGAGGACCUGGACCCCCAGCUCCUCAUGCCACCUCCUUCACCCAGGGAUGGGGGUCCAAAACCCUGCCAGGACCCUCUGCACUCUCAGCCCAGCUCCGGGGCCCAGCGGGGGCUUUGCCUAUUCUGUAUGGCUGAGGGCAUUUCAGAGCCCCCUCCGUCCCACAUUUUCCCAGGGGAUUAGGAGCACUGGUGGGGACAGGACCCCUGUGACACGAGGGGGCAGUGCCAUCUCUCCUUCCCAUCCUGCCUGCAUGGCCCAAGCCAUUGCCAGGCACACGGCAGCAUCCAUACUGCUCCUUGCAGGAUGGGGCUGGGCAUUUCCAGCCCUUAGGGGUGGAUGGGAGGAGAAGAGGGAACCUUUAGGGAUCCUAGAGGGACCGUCCCCAGGCUGGGGUGGUUGGCAGCCCAGUGCCGGGGCUGAGAGCAUCACUGGCAAGGCCUGGGAUAGGCAGGAUGAGGGGUCACGGGUG